UUUUUAAUUAUGAUGUGUCUAAUUAAUUCAGACCCUGAAAAGUUUGCAAUUUUACUAAAGAUGUAGAUGUAAAAAAGGUAAAAUUCAAAUAGCUACGGAAACUAUCAUAAAUAGUGAAGUAGAAAAGGAAAUAUGAAGUCAGAUGGUGAUGAGAGGCAAACAGACAAGGAAGUAUCAAAGUCAGACAUAUUAUUUUUGAAAUGGUAAUAGCAAGUUCUUUACAAAAAGGACAAAUUCCAGUAGGAUGUGAGCUGUGCAAAGGUCAAAAUAAGAUCCAAUUCAAAUGUCUGGACUGUAACCUUUUAAUGUGCAGUGGGUGCAGGGACAGAGUUCACUUAAGGAUUGCUAAAGAUCAUCAGAUAACUGAUAUAAAGGAUAUAGGAAAACAUGUUAUUUUCAGUGAAAUUAUGUGUGAAACUCAUAAAGGACAAUCAUGCUGCCUUUUCUGUGAAACCUGCAAAACAUUUAUCUGUGUAAAAUGUGUAGCCAAAGUUCAUAAUGGACAUGAGUUAAUAGAAGAAGAAGACUACAAUAAAGGCAAAGUAGAAAUGAAGCCAAAACAGCAAAGUAAGAUUAAGUUUGAAAUAUUCAAAGAAUAUACAACAGAUCUUACCUCUGUUCACUUUAUAGCAGUAUGUUCUGAUGGUUCUAUGUGGAUGGGGGAUAGUGUCAGAUCAAAGUUACAACAUGUCAAACUUAGGGAGGAUAGAACUGAAGUAAUAACAAGUUUAAAUACUAAGAUUUAUGAUAUGACAAAAACUCAUUCAAAUAACAUUCUUGUAACAACAGGUGAGACUAAACUAAAACUAAUCAACCCCAUGACAGGACAGAUAACAGAUUCCAGGUAUGAUGUAAAACCAUUGUAUCCAAGAGCUAUCCAUGUGACCAGUGAUCACAGAGUCAUCAUAGGAGCCUGGACUAGAGGUAAGAUAGUCCCUGUUACAGGAAGACGUGUAGUUGUAGUAAUGGAUCAGGAAGGAAAACAACUAAAGGAAUAUGAACAUGACAAUCAUAAAGAACGAUUAAUUACCUACCCUAGAUACAUAACCAGUAUUAGUAAUGGUAACAUCUGUGUGGUGGAUUGGUUAGACAAUACUAUAAGAGGUAGAGUGGUAGUGUUAUCACCAGGAGGAGACAUACUAGGGACUUAUACUGGUCACCCUGAUGUCAACACAGAGGAUGAUCCAUUUACACCUGUAGGAAUACUAACAACACCAUCAGAUAAUAUUGUUGUUACAGAUAUGAGCAAUCAUUUAUUGCAUAUACUGACUGACCAAGGACAAAUUAUUACCUUCUACAACCUCCGUGACAUAGGAAUCUUAUUUCCAUAUUCCCUUGCUCUGUCUACAUCAGGAACUAUCUUCAUAGGAUGUGUUAUUGCUGCAGGAAGUCCAGACACUACAAAGGCUAAACUUUAUGAGUUGGACUAUUCUGGGUUCUAAUGACUUCCCUUGCUCUGUCUACAUUGGGAACUAUCUACAUCGGAUGUGUUAGUGAGAAAGGAAGUCCAGACACUACAAAGGCUAAACUUUAUGAGUUGGAAUAUUCUGGAAUCUAGUGAAACUAAGGAAACAAUAACCAGAAUAAUAAAGAAAUUAUUUGUUAACAGUUUCACUUGCUAAGUCAUAAACUUCUGAUUUUUAAUCAUAAAUUCAACUUUUCCUAAGAUAAUAGACUUUCAUUGCAGGAUUGGUUUUUUGUAUAAACAUUAAAUAUGAUUUAUUUU